GCUUCAGGAUGGGGCAGAGACUCUUCAUUUGUGGAGCGUUUCUUGGUUUCAGUCUGGUUCUUCAGUUCGUGAAGACUGGGUUUCAAAUAGUUGGAGAAGAUCAGAAUGGUGUUUACACUGGAUACAAUGUGUCUGCAUGGAGAACAGAUAAUUUGGCGAAGCAGUUGAGCAGAAAAGUGCGAGUGCUGUGUUGGGUCAUGACCGCGCCCCAGUACCUGAAGACCAGAACUCAGCAUGUCCGUGCGACCUGGGCUCAGCACUGCAACGCCGUGCUCUACAUGAGCUCUGAGACCUCGGACUUCCCCACUGUGGGCCUCAACGUCUCCGAGGGCCGGGACCAGCUGUACUGGAAGACCAUCCGCGCCCUCCAGUACAUCCACACCCAUCACCUCCACACCGCUGACUGGUUCCUCAAGGCGGAUGACGACACGUUUGUUGUGAUGGAGAACCUGCGGCGCUUCCUCUGCAGGCAGGACACUGAGCAGCCGGUCUACUUUGGCCACAGGUUCAGGGUUUUCAUCAAGCAGGGCUACAUGAGCGGUGGAGCGGGGUACGUCCUGAGCAGAGAGGCGCUGCGGAGGUUCAUCCAGGGCUUCAGCUCGGGCCGGUGCACCCACACCAGCUCGGUGGAGGACUUGGCCCUGGGCCAGUGCAUGGAGACCAUGGGGGUGAAGGCUGGAGAUUCCAGAGAUGAGGAGCAGAGGGAAGCAUUUAACCCCUUCAGACCAGAUCAGCACCUCCUAAAUCCAGGCACCAAGAAACCAACAUUCGAAUACAGCUACUACCCUAAAAUACGAGGCCCAGGCUGCUGCUCAGAUUUUGCCAUAAGCUUCCAUUACAUCAGACCAGAGCAGAUGUAUGAGCUGCAGUAUUACACCUAUCACCUGCAUCCUUUCGGAUACAAAUACAGAUUCAACCCUGCCGACACACUCAACUGCACAGCGGACUAUUCACACAGUUAAUACUCUCAACUAAAACGGGAUUUUCUACAUAACUCGGUACUUAUGAUGUAAAUAGUCAUCAUUUGAUGACAAAUAGUUCAAUUUAGGGAAGCUUAUUGACUGAUUUUUCUACAGUGUAAGUAAAUAUGUGUCUUUAUGACUGCAAAACAGAUAUAAACAUUUUAAUUUAAUAUCAAAACCCACCAGUGAACCUACCCGUGCCUUUUAAAUUUUAUAUACAACAUCACAAAAAGUGUUAUAUUAUA